AUGAACAACACAUUAUACAAAAAUUUACACUUAGCUAAGGAAGAAUUAAAAAUAAAUAUUAAAAAUAAAACAGGUAUUUAUCAAUUAGUUAAUUUAAUUAACGGAAAAACAUAUGUAGGUAGUUCAGUUGAUUUGAAUCGAAGAUUAAAUGAAUAUUUAAAUCCUUUAUAUCUAAAUAGAAAUCUUGAAAAAGGUAAUAGUGCUAUAAUUAAUGCUCUUUUGAAAUACGGGUAUAUUAAUUUUGGUUUUAGAAUAUUAGAAUCUAUUGAAUUUGAAUCUAAUUUAUCUAAAUCUGAAAGAAAAAACAUUACUUUAACUAAAGAACAAUAUUAUAUAGAUUUAAUUAAACCUGAUUAUAAUAUAAAUUUAACAGCUGGUAGUAACUUUGGAAGAAUUUAUUCAGAAGAAGUAAAACAAAAAUGA